AUGUUGUUCACUUCAACCACAAUCCUCGCUACGGCGUUCUGCUCGCUGGCGUCCGCGCUACCUACGUCGAAUACAGUUGCUCGGGCGGGCGGCCCUGCAAUUGUACCUAUCCCCGCAACCUGUACCGUCACCGACCCUCUGCCCACUGGGUCAAAUGCAUCUUACAUACCGUCGCCGGCUGCCCACGACGACAUCCUCUACAGCUCCUACUACCCUUCCUACUCGUCGAAUACAACCGCCAUGGCACAGCAGUGCCUUCAACAAUGUUACGGCUACGGAUACCACACAGAGUGCAAGACAUCAUACUGGGCAGAGAACGUGGUAGUACCGGCAGGGUACUAUGGCACAGCUGGCGGACAACUAGAGACGGCCUGUUUGAUGUUCAGCAGAGCCUUGACCAGCGACGACUUCGUCGCUGCGCCAGAAGGCCAAGGUACCGGCGCGACGGCCGGUAACAUUGCUUGCUGA